UCAUUCAAGUUAUAAUGUGGAAUUUUCGUCUUCUUAUUAUCUUCAGUAUUCUAUUUAUUCUGGUUUCAACCGAGAGAAUAAAACGUCAAGGAGGCGGUGGCGGCGGUGGUGGUGGAGGUGGAGGUGGUGGUGGUGGAGGUGGAGGUGGCGGAUUUGGCGGGAGUUCAGGAGGUUCGAGUGGCAGUAGUGACUUAUCAACUGGCGCGAUAGUUGGAAUUGUUAUCGGUAGUAUCGCUGGAUUUUGUUUAUUUAUGAUAUGUUGUAUUUGUAUUCGAGUAUGUAUACUCGGUCCAAAGUCCUUGUUCAAAGGUAAGCCGUUACGUUCAAACAGUAGUUACAUUCGUCGUGGAACUUCUAUGCAAAAUGGCAUGAGUAAUGCAGUUUUUAGAUCAGGUACAUAUGCAACUUAUUAUCAUCAAUAUAACUUGGAACAUGGACCGUCUGAUGUCAAACUUGGAUUCUAUCCACAGGCUGAUUAUCGUGUUCAUGGUGGAGGAGUUGAUGAUAUUGGUGCAUAUGUUAUUACAGGUGUUUAUUCACCAAGUACUCUACGAAUGGGCCUUGAAAAACAUUAUCAACUAGGAACAGGAAAUCCAUCCGAAAACUUAGGUCACACAGUGACAAUUCAAGUAGAAUGGGACGCUUCGAAUCAGCAAUUUAUUGGUAAAUAUUAUCUUCGAACGUCUAAACAUCACGAUCAAAAUACGUUUAUAUUGAAAUUAAAAAGUAUUAAAAGUUUUCAUUCACAUACAAUUGAAUCUUAUGUUUAA